UGAUCUAGAGAGAGAAAGGGACGAAGGAAGAAGACGACGUCUUGAAGCGGAUGAAGAUCUAUAAUCAUCCGAUUGAAUGAAUUUAACAUGCUAAAGUUGUUUCAAAACCUUUGAAUUUGUUUCAUAUCGUGAGAAAUUGCAGGCGAUGACGACUUUGUUGGCACCGUCGAAGAGGUACGCUGCCGGAGGAUUGCUCGGACUGGCAUUGCAUCAGGCUCAGCUUCAUCAAACUCAUCCUCUUCAUCCGCUUGACAUGAUCUCUAAUGAGGAAGAUGAGGAGCCCGUCAAAACUAGUGAUUCUCUAUCUGACGGUUCUGAUCUUUGGGUCCAUGAGAAUUUCGGCCUCCUUCGUCCUGUUUUCAGAAUUCUCGAAAUUCCGAGUAAAUCAUGGCCAGGACUUGAGGAAACAGCACAAGCAUCUCCUGCUAAGCGUUAUGUAGAAGGGUUCUUGAGUAUACUCUCAGAAGAGAGUAAUGAUACUUCUCAAGAGAUGAAAGACACGGAACUUGAACUAUUAAAAGCGUUAGAGGCUAUGUCGGAAACUAUGGAGAAAACAAGAGAUGUGCAAUCUGAGUUGGAGAGACAUCAAGAGUAUAAAAAUGACUGUCAGCAGAAAUAUAGAACCAACCAAGAAUGUAGCUCUGAUGAAGGACAUGGAGUUUUGAAAGGUAAUGAUAUUAGUUCAAACUGUGAGAUGGUUAGAACUGAAGAGGCAGGCAGUCAAUCCAGUAAAGGGGAUGAAAAAUCUCUACAGGAGGCAAAUCAGCCGAGUCGCCAAAGGAAAGUGACUGUUCUAUAUGAGCUUCUAUCUGCUUGUCUUGCCCCUACAGCAGAUGAAGAUAAAAACAGUACAGGGCAUGAAAGGGGCUACGAUUCUCGACAUCGAGUUGCAUUGCGGCUAUUAGCAUCAUGGUUCCAGAUCAAGCUGAAUACAAUGGAAGCUAUCCAGACAAUGAUUGCUUUCUCAGCAAUGGCUUUAUCGGAAGAGAAUGGAAAAGAUGAAGAGGGAUCAUCAGAAGACACUUGGAAGAAAUGGAAGCAUGGGGGUAUAGUAGGUGCAGCUGCAAUAACUGGUGGCACUUUAUUGGCAAUUACUGGUGGCUUAGCUGCACCAGCUAUUGCUGCUGGUUUAAAUGCUUUAGCCCCUACAUUGGGAUUUAUCAUUCCCGUGGUAGGAGCAAGUGGGUUUGCAGCAGCUGCAAGUGCUGCAGGAACAGUUGCUGGUUCUGUUGCAGUGGCGGCAUCAUUUGGGGCUGCUGGAGCUGGACUUACCGGGACUAAAAUGGCUAGGAGAAUUGGAAGUGUUGAUGAAUUUGAGUUCAAAGUCAUUGGAGAGAACGAGAACCAAGGGAGACUUGCGGUUGAGAUUGUUAUCUCAGGGUUUGUUUUUAAGGAGGAGGACUUCGUAAAGCCUUGGGAAGGACAAAAUGAUAGGCUGGAAAGGUAUGCACUACAAUGGGAGUCUGAGAAUCUGAUUGCUGUAAGCACUGCCAUUCAGGACUGGCUCACUUCAAAUGUAGCAUUAGGGUUGAUGAGGCAAGGAGCCAUGAUGACAGUAUUAAGCUCACUUGUGACAGCAUUGGCAUGGCCAGCAACACUCCUAGCUGCUACAGACUUCAUCGACAGCAAAUGGACGAUUUCUUUGGACAGGUCUGAUAAGGCGGGAAAACUGCUAGCAGAAGUAUUGAUGAAAGGAUUACAAGGAGAUAGGCCUGUGACCCUUAUAGGUUUUUCACUCGGAGCUCGAGUUAUCUUCAAAUGUCUCCAAUUCUUGGCUGAAUCUGGACAAGAGGCUGACCUUGUUGAAAGAGUUGUUCUUCUUGGGGCACCUAUUUCUUUUAGAGAUGAAAAUUGGUCAUCAGCUAGACAGGUUGUGGCUGGGAGAUUUGUGAAUUGUUUCUCGACAGAUGAUUGGAUGCUUGGGAUAGCGUUUCGUGCCAGCUUGCUUACUCAAGGAUUGGCUGGAAUUCAACCUGUAGAGGUCCCUGGAAUUGAAAAUGUGAAUGUAACAGAUCUGGUAGAGGGUCAUUCUUCUUAUCUAUGGGCUACGAAACAGAUAAUAGAACGGCUUGAAUUGGAUUCGUGUUACCCAGUAACCGGAAGCCUCGUUAAAGCUGUUGAACCGGUAGGAGGUUAAUUUAAUCUAGAUUUCGAAUGACAGUUGAGUAAAUUAAUCUGUUUUAUUCACAUUGUAUUAUUGUCACUUGUACCCCAUAAUCAUAAUAAUUCCUUGGAGGUAUAUGAGGAGCA